GUGAAAAGUUUCGCGUCGGACUAUUAUUCAGCCUUGACCCUUUAUUGCCAACAUUUGAUUCAUACUGUGUGGGCAGCACGUUAUUUUAAGCCCCUCGCGCACAAUAGGGAAGCAGCGGCAUUUAUUUCGAAGUUUCCCGGCGUUGUUCGCCAUCUUUCAAGCUCCUGCCAAGGCUUUCAUAAACUUUGCGCGGUACUUUUGCAGACAUGUUUUCAGCUGUGAGAUACCUGCUGUCCAAAAUGCUCUCUCCAUUGUGGAGAACAGCACAGGUGGAGGCCGACGGCGUCCUACGCGGUGCUGCAGACUAUGAGAGCAUUCGUCACGCUCGCGAUGGCGUGGUGACAGAGCUGGGCCUUGACCACGGGCUGAUUGACGAUGCCAUCUAUUUCACAAGUGGCGUGGUGCUGGGCGGGGUCCCACUCAAAACGGGGGACGCGGUGACCUGCAUAGCCGUGAGAGAUGGAGCACAAGGCGGGUGGAAAGCCCUCAGGGUGGCAAAGAGUUUCGAUGCAUGGGAGGCCGGAGGCGGGACAUCCUUGGAAGACGACUGCGCUCAGUUGCAUCCUCUCAUCGGCACCAUCACGUCGUUGGACAGAGAGGGUGGCUACAUCAACCAAACCACUUACUUCCCACGUGCCAGUCUCUGUGACGGUUACGAGCCAAUGACAGGCGACUGGGUCCAAGCAAUGUAUUUUAUCAACCCCACUCAGUGGACUACCCAGGCUCAUUCCGUCUCUCCUUUACGCUAUUGUCGUCUCGACCAGGUUUGUGUGACCAGCGUGUAUGUCAACAACGGCGUGGUGGAGGACAGUGUGUUCUUCUGCCUGGACUCACUGUUGCUGCCCGCCCACUACAAGCCUGCACGUGGCCACCUGGUCAACCUGGUGAUGGUGGAGAGCAGCCAGUCCUUCUACCGCUGGAGGGCACUCUGCAUGUCACCGUGCAUGGAAGGUUUGAAGUCAAAUCCAACACACAUGUCCAGUGCUGAAAUGGAAUACUUAUUGGAGAGCAAAGGAGGCUUGGAUGUAACUUGUUAUGGCCAGUUUGGAGAUUUGAUGAUUGGAGAGCACAGACAACUAGUGCUGUGGAUACAAAACAAAAGCUCAGAGACACACCGGCUCAAAUCCUGCGACUUUGCCGGCUGGGACUUGGAAGAACAGUUUUUUCUCAGUCCAGUCAAGACGGGAUACAAACAUCUGACCCGGUCUGCAGAAGAGCAAGGCAGUGGUGCUGACAGCAAGGAGGCGUCUCCUGGUGUGAGGAGAGAAGAACGAGAGGUGGAUAUUCCUCCAGGAGAGCGUCUGUCUGUUGCUGUGGUAUGCCAAGCAAAGAGCCUAGGAAGCUCCACUGAGCUGCUGUUGCUGCACUUCUCCUCUUUUGUCAUCGGGAGGUGCCUGGAGGUCACGGUGCGCAGCGAAGACGAGAAGCUGCUGUGUCCCUCGGCGCCCUACAGGCUUACUGACGCCAAGCCUGUGACCUCUGCCCCAUCUCACGUGAUCACCCUUACUGCUCCUAAGGAUACAUUCAGACUUUCCAACCGCCGACUACCAUGCUUCCUCCCCUUCUAUGUCGUGCCGCAGUCAUUGAGAGACUGUGUGGCUGCACAAAAAGAUGUCCUGGUAUUCCAGCCCUGCUUGGGAGAGGUGCUGUCAGCAUCCAACGCCCAGACCCGUUUCUCCACCCUCCUGUGGCUGGAGGAGCUUCAUGCCGAGAGUGAGCUGGCAGAGUUCACCAUUUAUGGCUCUCUCCUCAGGAAGGGAGCCAUCUACCUUCACUUAGAGGUCCUUGGCUUGGCAGAGGGGAGGCCCAAUCUCAAUAUAGGUGACAAAGUCUUAUUGAAGAGUCCACAGAGCAAUGGCGUGGUCAUGGAGUAUGUUAGCUGUGUUGCCGAGAUCAACGACGAGGACGUGAGUCUGAAAGUGAACUCGGAGUUUCAGCGCUUCUACCUUGGAGAGCCCCUUGAUGUGGAGUUCUGCUACAACAGGUCGACCAUGAGGCGUUGUCACCACGCACUAGAGCAGACCAAGUCCUUUGCAGAUAUUUUCUUCCCCUCUAGAGUAACACCUCAUUCGCCUCUGUGGACAGUGAAGUGGGUAGAUGAAGAUGAUCCUAAUAAAACACUGGAAGGAAAAGAGGCCCGUGCAGAAGAAAAUGGACAGUUGUCCAACAUGUCAGUUGACAUGAAGUCAAGGGCUACACAGACCAAAGAUGGUGCAACACCACUCAAAGCCAUUCCCAGCCCAGGACACUUCUUCAAUCCUGACCUCAAUCCUUCUCAGAGGGAGGCAGUGAAGAGGAUCCUGGCUGCAGAAUGUCGCCCCACUCCUUAUGUGCUGUUUGGACCCCCCGGCACUGGAAAGACCAUUACGCUCAUCGAGGCCAUACUGCAGAUGUACCACUUUCUUCCCAGCAGCCGUGUCCUGGUGUGCACGCCCUCCAACAGCGCGGCAGACCUUAUCUGCAUCCGCCUCCAUGACAGCGGCUUCCUGCACGCUGCCAGCAUGGCUCGCGUCAACGCUUCUUGCAGACAAGAGAAGUGCAUUCCCGAGGUGCUGAGACAGUACUCAAGGGCAGGAGAGGACAUCAGUCAUGCCUGUUUUCACCGCAUUGUGGUCAGCACCUGCUCCAGUGCCGGCAUGUUCUUCAAUCUAGGCCUGCAAGUGGGACAUUUUACUCACGUGUUCCUGGAUGAAGCAGGCCAGGCCAUGGAACCAGAAUCUCUCAUCCCGAUUAGCCUCAUCUCAGAGAAAGACGGACAGCUAGUGUUGGCUGGAGACCCCUGCCAGCUGGGGCCCAUUGUGAAGUCCAAGACGGCUGCUGCCUUUGGCCUUGGCGUGUCCCUGCUAGAGAGGCUCAUGGACAAUCCGCUUUAUGCCAGGCAGGAGUGGGGGUACAACCCAAAGCUGGUGACAAAGCUGACCUACAAUUACCGCUCCCAUGAGGCCUUGCUCACAAUGCCCUCCAGACUUUUCUACCAUGGAGAACUGCACGUCAAAGCCCCUAGGGCUGUGGUAGACUCUCUCUGCCAGUGGAAAAUGCUGCCCAAAAAAGGCUUUCCUCUCCUCUUCCAUGGCGUUAGGGGCAAAGAAAUGAGGGAAGGUAACAACCCGUCCUGGUUCAAUCCGGUGGAGGCCGUGCAGGUCAUGUUGUACUGCUGCCAGCUGGCCAAGAAGCCCUACAAACCUGUGGACACCUCAGAGAUAGGAAUUAUUGCUCCCUACAGGAAACAAUGCGAAAAGAUCCGCAUCCUUCUGGCUAAAGUGGGCCUGUCGGACAUUAAAGUGGGCUCCGUGGAGGAGUUCCAAGGACAAGAGUUCCUGGUUAUCAUCAUGUCGACGGUGCGCUCGAACGAAUUGGCGCGGAGCGACGACUUGCAGAGUGCGCUCGGCUUCCUGGCCAACCCCAAACGCUUCAAUGUGGCCAUCACGCGCCCCAAAGCUUUGCUGCUGAUCAUUGGAAACCCCCACAUUCUCAUCAGGGAUCAAUGCUUCAGGGAGCUACUUCACUAUUCUUUCACCAGCGGGGCGUAUGUGGGCUGCGACCCCCCUCCCUCCAUGAGAGAGACUCAGAUAGCUGCAAUGCAUCCUGAUGAUGCUGAUGAUGCUGGACCUCGGCUGAGACUUCUAAUUUCCCCGUUUCCUUGUCUGGCGCUCCAAAAGUGUCAGAUGUUGAGGGCAUCCCUUGUGCACAGCCGCCCUUCAGGUCACCCCUGUCGGAUGCGGCCUUUGACCUGGGCCAGUCUACCCGAUGCGUGGCCAUCCCCAACCAGAUGAAGGUGUGCAAAGACGUGGGUUACUCCGAGAUGCGCCUCCCCAACUUUUUGGGCCACAGCAACCUGGAAGCGGAGGUGGUGCCGCGCUCUGAGGACUGGAGGCCUCUGCUGCAGACGGGCUGCCAUCCUCAGGCCCAAGCCUUUCUCUGCUCGCUCAUCG